AUGGAGCCUGCGGAUUACGAAGAUUUCUACCGGUACACCAGUGGACGUUGGCUUUGGGCGGAGGAACCUCGACUUCGAGAGCGAUACAAGAGAUUCAAUGUUCCAGGAUUGAAGAGCAUCGCUGCCAAGACUAGCGGUGCGCAGUCAUGCUUGACCAUCACCAAGCACGCCGAAGGAGGCUUCAAUAAAAUCUUUCGGCUUGUGAUGGAUAACGGGUGUGUGGUGAUGGCAAGAAUCCCAAAUCCGAACGUUGGCCCAAUUUCCAAAGUCAUGGCAUCUGAGGUUGCAACAAUGGAUUUUGUGCAAAAUGUCAUCGGCAUCCCAGGACCCAGAGUCCUUGCUUGGGAUGGCAGAAAGUCUAACGAUGCAGAAUCGGAGUACAUGUUGAUGGAAGAAGCAAGGGGCACGCAAUUAGAAGAACUGUGGGCUGACAUGGAACUGGAUGAUCAGGUCAGUGUUGUCGACGACUUGGUUGCGAUACAGAAGAAAUUGCACUCGGUCAACUUCUCGCGGUACGGGAGCAUAUAUUAUAGAUCGGAUGCAUUUGAAGGUUGCUCAACUUUCGAAGUCUCCGGUGACUUGCCACAAUCGGCAAAGACAUACGCAGAAGAUCGGUUUGCAAUUGGGCCUGUUGCCGAGAGCGCACUCUGGGAGACCGAGAGCUCUUCAUCCUUUGCUGAUCGUGGGCCUUGGCUGAAUGCACAAGAUUAUCUUCGCGCCAUAUCUCGAAGAGAGCGCGCAAAGCUGGCCAGAACGGAUUUGAGUGCGACUGAAGAUGAUUCCGAUGAGUUGGAGUCGGCACAGCAUCGACUCGCACUCCUCGACAAGUUUGACGCAGUCAGUGCUUAUCUACCACCAAGCAAUACGAACUUGGAUAAAGCAGCACUUUCGCAUUGGGACUUACGAGCUCCCAACAUCUUCGUCAAAGACGGCCGAAUCACGAGCUUGAUCGACUGGCAAGACAACUGGGUUGAACCGUUUUUCAUGCAGGAAAAGCGGCCUCAACUGAUUGACUACCAUGGAGAGCUGAUGCUGCGCCUGCCCGACGACUACGAGACCAUGCAAGACAAAGACGAGAAAAAAAAGGUCUGCAACAAGGUCCAAAAAUCGCUGGUCUAUUGGCGCUACGGACGACAAACACAGAGACAGAACCCGGUGUUGCGAGAGCUCUUCGAUCUCCCUCUGGCGCGCGUAAGGAGAGAAACAGUAUCCUUCGCCUCGAAUAUCUCACAUGGCGAAGCCCUUCCUCUCCGCGAAUCUUUGUACCAGCUCCAACAACAAUGGCCCAACCUCCAACCCGGACUCCCAUGUCCCAUCACCUUCACGCCCGAAGAAAUUUCUGCGCACACCCGCAUCUCAGCGAAGUGGAACGACGACGUGGACUUCUGGUCCCCUUUGAAAGGAUUCGUGAGUCGUGAUGGCUACGUUUCGAAUGAGAACUAUGACGACGCGAGAAAGUUUUUUGCGGAGCUUAGGGAUGCUGGGUUGGAACAGUUCAGGGGGAAAGAGUUGAGGGAUUUUGAGGAGGGGAGUCGAUGGGCUGAAACGGGAACGAGAGGGUUGAAUGGUGGGAGUGAGGAGAGGAAUUACAAGUUGGCAUGA